AUGCAACACACAGCUUCAACCACUGCUCCUUCAGGGAAAACAGACAGCCCUCCACCCAUUACGAAUCCUACCGGGAAUGAUAGCGGUACCACCCUGGCCAAGAGCAGCAGCAAUCCUUCAACUAGCAAAAAUACUAUUGACAGCAGUUCUACUACCCUUUCCAUUAGCAAAUCUAGUAAGUCAAAGAGUACUAGUAGCCCUUUGUCUAUUAUAACUAGUUCUUUAAAGAGUACUAGAAGUGUUUCCUCUAUAAAAACUACCACUGCCAAGAGUACUGGCAGCACUUUCACUACCAAAACUAGUACUGGUAAGAGUACAAGCAGCCUUUCCAAUAUGAAAACUACUUCUGCCAACAGUACUAGUAGCUUUUCUACUGCCAAGAGUACAACUAUCCAUUCCACUGCCAAAACUACUACUCCCAGCAGUACAAGGAGCCCUUCCACUAUUAAAACUACUCCUGCCAGAGAUACUAGCAGACCUUCAACUACCAAAACUACUACUGCUAAGAGUACUAGUAGCCCUUCCACUCCCAAAACUAGUACUGCCAAGAGUACAAGCAGCUCUUUCACUAUUAAAACUACUCCUGCCAAGAGUACUAAAAGUUCUUCCACUGCCAAAACUACUACUGCCAGGAGUACUAGCAGACCUUCAGCUAUCAAAACUACUACUGCUACGAGUACUAGUAGCCCUUCUACUACCCAAACUACUACUUCUAAGAAUACUAGUAGCCCUUCCACUCCAAAAACUAUUACUGCCAAGAGUACAAGCAGCUCUUCCACUAUUAAAACUACUCCUGCCAAGAGUACUAAAAGUCCUUCCACUGCCAAAACUACUACUGCCAGGAGUACUAGCAGACCUUCAGCUAUCAAAACUACUACUGCUAAGAGUACUAGUAGCCCUUCCACUCCCAAAACUAUUACUGCCAAGAGUACAAGCAGCUCUUUCACUAUUAAAACUACUCCUGCCAAGAGUACUAAAAGUCCUUCCACUCCCAAAACUACUACUGCCAAGAGUACGAGCAGUCCUUCCACUCCCAAA